CAUCAGUUGUCAUUUCUCGCAGAGUCAAGAUGUAUUUAAAAAAACUGUCCAUUCCGAGUCCAAUUGUUUUCGGGCUUCUGGUACUCUUUUCCGCCGAUCAGGCUUCGGCACGAAGAUGCUACGCUUGCGAGUCAACUAGUGGUGGGAUGUGCUGGAUAGAGGGUAACUCAGCUCCUAUUGAAACUAGCCGACUGUAUGGCCGAUCUCUAGCAUUAGACUCAGCCACGAGCUCAGCCAAUACAACUAUUCUAGAGGCAAUGGCAUCACUAGGCCACGAAAACAGUACAAGUCUCAAUGCAAUAUGCGUUUCAGGUGUCGGUCCCAAGUAUGAUAUGUGCGACUGUUCGAAAUUCGUUGGAACUGUUCAAGGCCACAGUUAUGUUGAAAGAUCGUGUACCAAGAGGUAUAUCUUUUGUGCUGACUACGUGCGUGCAGCUGCAAAACUCGGCUUUAACGUGACAGGUUGUCAUCGUUGCAAAAGCGAUUUGUGUAAUUCUUCGACCAGUAUCAACACUGGGAUCACGAGCCUCGUUGUAUUCGCCACGCUGUUUUUCUUCCAGAAGUAA